CCCAUGUGAUAUAAAAAUGAUGAUAAAACCCAAAACCCUACAACUUUGGUAAAAUCUCUCCAGUGACUACUGACCCUUUCUUCUUCAACCUCAUUUUCAGUCCCUUCUAUCUCCAUUUCCAUCAUCACUGCAACUAUUCUCUCAGUAACUGCGGUCAGACUAUGAGGAAUCUGGUUUGAUUAAUUCAAGAACGGCCGUUAAGUUGAUUGAAGCGGAGGAGGCACGGAUGGAGAUGAAGAGAAAAUCACCAUUUCAGCUUGAAGCCCUUGAGAAAUUCUAUGCUGAACAGAAGUAUCCUACUCUUACAGCUAUGGAAGAGCUUGCUGCAGUCCUGGACCUGACAUUAAAGCAGGUACAGGGAUGGUUUGUUGAGAAGAGGAGGAGGGACAAAAGCAAGGAUAUGUCGAUUGAACCCCCUUGUUUGAGCAAGAAACUCUCAGUUGUAAAAGGAAGAAAUGGAUUGGGAGUUGCCCCUGCUAAUAGAAAGAUACAUAAACAGCAGAACAGUUUGAUUGUGCAUGCAUCUUCAGAUGAUGCAGACAGGAUUCAUAAAAAUAAGAGGAAGAAGAAGUCAAUUCUUAUUCAGGAUUUUUUGACUCCAGAUUAUAUUUUAAGGAAGAUUUUUCGCAAAGAUGGUCCUCCCCUUGGUGUCGCAUUUGAUUCUCUUCCUUCUAGGGCAUUACACAAUGGUGAAGACUCCAGAAAUUCUAGUGCUACUUGCCAAGAGAAUGAAAGAGCAAAAAGGAGAAAGGUAUCCAAGCAGGGCAAAUUGAGUUGUCAGGAUAAUAAUGAUGAUGCUCCUGUGAAGAAACAUGGUAUUGGCAAAGGUCUGAUGACAGUGUGGCGGGCGACAAAUCCAAAUGGUGGAGAUUUUCCUACAGGAAUUCCUGUUGCUGACAGGGAAAUAGUACCUCAAAUAUCAACUCCUGUAGCACGAAAACCUCUACGCCAACAGAAAAGAAAACGGCAAUUAGUGUCUAUAAUGAAGCAGAGAAGGUUGGAAAAUAAAUCGCAGCAUAGGAGGAAGUUUUCUAUUAAACGGAGAGAGGUGGAAUCUAAAAGGGACGAGUCUCAGAAUCAUCCUUGCAAAGAAAAAUGUGAACUUGCUUUGGAAGGAGUGAUAUCUCAGGAACGUGCUGAUCAAUUAACUAUGCUAUUGGAUGAUGAAGAGCUAGAGCUGAGAGAAUUACAAGCUGGGCCAAAUCCACUGACAUGUUCGGAACAUUGUGCAAACAAUAGGCUACAUGGUUGUACCCUUUGCAAAGAUUUGCUGCCAAAAUUUCCUCCAAAUUCUGUUAAGAUGAAGCAACCAUUCGCCAAGCAGCCUUGGGAUUCCUCUCCAGAGACAGUGAAAAAACUAUUUAAGGUUUUCCAUUUUCUUUACACUUAUUCUGUUGCAAUUGAUAUUUGCCCCUUCACUCUUGAUGAAUUUGCUCAAGCAUUCUAUGAUAAGGAUUCUUUGUUACUUGGAAAACUUCAUGUGGCCCUUCUGAAGCUUCUUUUAUCUGAUGUGGAAAAGGAGAUUAAUAGUGGAUUUCUUCCCCAGUUGAGCAUAUCUUGUCAGUUUCUUGCACUUAUUCAUUCGGUUGAAGCUCAAGAAUUUGUUGUAGAGUUCUGGAGGAAGUCUCUCAAUCCCCUUACAUGGACAGAAAUAAUGCGUCAAGUCUUGGUUGCAGCUGGUUUUGGUUCAAGGCAAGGUUCAUUGCAUAGGGAAUCCCUUAGUAAGGAGAUGAGCCUCAUGGUGAAGUAUGGCCUACGUCCUGGAACUUUGAAGGGUGAAUUGUUUAAACUGUUGUCAGAGAGAGGAAAUAAUGGAUUGAAAGUUCCUGACUUGGCAAAGUCAUUGCAGAUCACAGAACUAACUGUUGGUAAGACGACUGAGGAACUAGAACUUCUAAUAAGUUCUACUCUUUCAAGUGAUAUUACUUUAUUUGAAAAGAUCUCACCAUCUGCUUAUCGUCUGCGCAUUAGUACUCUUUCAAAAGAAACCAAUGAUUUUCAAUCUGAUAAUGAGGACUCUGGAAGUGUUCAUGAUGACUUCAAUGAUUGUGGAACAUGUAGCAGCAGUGAUUCUGAGUGUGACUCAGAUAAUACCAAUUCAAGAAAACCUAAGUAUAGUAACCAUCAUGGAAGAAAAAAGAACAUGUUGACUAUUUACAAUGAAAUUGAUGAAAGCCACCCAGGAGAAGUGUGGUUGCUAGGACUCAUGGAAGGUGAAUAUUCAGAUUUAAGCAUUGAGGAAAAGUUGAAUGCUUUGGUGGCUCUGAUUGAUCUCCUCAGUGCUGGAUCUAGUAUUAGAAUGGAGGAUGUAAAAAGACCUGCUGUUGAAUCUGUUCCAAAAAUGCAUCAUUAUGGCUCUGGAGCAAAAAUAAAGAGAUCAUCAUUGAAGCAAGAUAACUUGCCCAGGCCAUCCUGGGUCCAUGUUGGACAACUGGAUAAUUCAAGAGAAUCAUAUUCAUUAUCUACAUCUCGCCCAAUUGAUUCUUCUGCCUUAAUCGUAAGGUUUAAUGAAGGGGAAAAGGCCCCUGGCAAAGGCAUGAAAGAGACAGGAGGGGUCGAUUUACAUCCACUUCAGUCUAUCUUCUUGGGUUCUGAUCGUAGGCACAAUAGAUAUUGGCUUUUCUUGGGCCCUUGUAAUUCACAUGAUCCUGGCCAUAAGAGAGUUUAUUUUGAAUCUUCUGAAGAUGGUCACUGGGAAGUGAUUGAUACCCAAGAGGCAUUGCGUGGUUUGUUGUCAAUUUUGGAUGACAGAGGAACACGAGAGGCUCGCCUUAUUGAAUCAUUGGAGAAGCGGGAAGCUUUUCUUUGCCAAGAGAUGGCAAGAAACGUGGUAAAUCAUGCUGAAAACAGACACUUGACUCGAUCAGAUCAACUUGAGCUGGAAAUAAUCAGAGAAGACAGUACAUCUCCAGUGUCUGAUGUAGACAACAACCUGAGCCUUACUGAGGUCAUGAAAGAUUCUUUGCCUCCAUGUGGUGCAAUAAUUCUUGGAGGGAAGAAAGAGGAAGAAGACAACAGGAAAUGGAGCUGUCUUCAGGAGUUUGAUGCAUGGUUAUGGAAUAAUUUUUACUGUGAUCUUAAUGCUGUUAAACGUAUCAAGAGGUCUUAUUUUGAAUCACUUACUAGAUGUGAAACUUGUCAUGAUCUGUACUGGAGAGAUGAGAAACACUGUAGGAUUUGUCAUACGACGUUUGAACUUGAUUUUGACCUUGAAGAAAGAUAUGCUAUCCAUUCAGCCACAUGUAGAGAGAAAGGAGUCAAAGAAAUGUUGCCAAAACAUAAAGUUCUGCCAUCACAGUUGCAAUCAUUGAAAGCUGCAGUCCAUGCAAUUGAGUUAGCGAUGCCAGAAGAAGCUUUGCUGGGAGCUUGGACAAAGUCUGCUCAUAGGUUGUGGGUCAAACGGCUUAGACGCACCUCAUCUUUGGCAGAGCUUUUGCAGGUUGUUGCUGAUUUUGUUGCCGCAAUUAAUGAGGAUUGGUUAUGUCAAUGUGAUGUCGUGCAUGAUUCCAAUACUCCUAUGGAAGAAAUUAUUGCAUGCUUUCCAGCUAUGCCUCAAACGUCAUCCGCACUUGCUCUCUGGUUGGUGAAAUUGGAUGACUUAAUUUCUCCAUAUUUGGAAAGCAUUCAGUGUGGAAACAAUCAGGAAAGUGGAACCAAAUGUACAGGCAAGCAAGCUUCUACGCUUGGAGCUCACAGCCAUGACAUUUGAUGUUCGAGAGGAGUGUUGCUAUUGUAUCUGCCCCUGUUCCAAGAACGGUUGAAACAAUUGCAAGCUUCACCGCCAUUUGCUUUUGAGGAGCAUCAUUAUAAAUGCAUUUGUGGUAUGAAUGUUAAUGGCUGAAAGCAAUAUAUACGAAGUUUGUAUAGCGCAGAGCUUUGAAUAUUUCCUUUUUUUUUUACCGUUGCUGUACUAGGCAGUGAAGAGCGAAUUAGAUUUUGUACAGCAUUAAAAUAGACAUCAUAAUCAGGAAAUUUUAGUAUUUGGUACAUAUGCUUACCAUGACCCUUAGUAGCAAAAGUAAAUAACAAGGAUUCCUCUGUUCUCUUGUAGAAAAAAAAAGGGUAAACUUGCUACUUGUGGUAUUUGGUGGAAUCAAAUUUUGAUAUUGUUCGACA